GUGGGAGACCCUUAAUCUCACUCCUCGCCUGCCUUCGAUCGCUCGCCGUUGUUUCCCGAUCAUUUCCUACGCCUCCCCAAAAUCCUAAACCUCCGGAACUCUCCCUCGCCGAUGGCUAGCCGACUUGUACAAGGACAAGAAGGAGAAACAGGAGGGCGUCUCGCCGACCCAUCUAUUUCUUAUCCUAUCAUCCCUGCCGGCGAGCAGACCGUCUGGGCCGACGUCAGUCCCCUCAUCGCCUCCGCCUGCAAUGAUCUUCAAGAUGGUCAGCUCAUACAUGGAGAAAAUUUCAGCCUUUUUGCAGCAAUGUCUGCUCUGGAGAUAAUGGAUCCAAAGAUGGAUGCUGGAGUUGAAAAAUGUGGAUACUACUCGAUCGAGGAAGCUAUAGAAAAUAAUGUUGCUCCAGUUCCUCUCAGCCUGAACCCGACUCUUGAUGUUCAACGUGUGAUUGAUGUCAUUGACCAUCUUUUUUCUUGUGAGGCUACUUGGUACAAAGGUCAUACGUUGGCACAAACUGUUUUUUCAUGCAUAUAUCUCUUGAGGAUUGAACGGACAUCUUCACAUGCAUUGCUGCAUUCAUAUUGCAGAAUUAUGCGAGCUACUUGUAAUGCUGUUAUCUCUGUAGUUUCUGAUUCACGUACACAUGAGGAGGAGGACCUUUUCACAAUGGCUUAUGGGCUUCCUCUGAAAGGAGAAGGUGACGAAAAAUGCUUAUCAAUUCUAAAUUCAGUUGAGGAAACAAUUUCUCGCCAACUUCGAGCUUGCAAAGCCCAGUCAUUAAAGAAGAAGCAAUUAGAAGAUAUUGAGCCUCUACAAAGUAAUCCUGACUUGGAAGAAGGCUAUUGCAGAGCUCUUCUUUGUCGUUUACGUUUUCGUAAGCACUAUUACCUUGUUCUCACGAGUAUGAAGAAACCCCAAGGAAAGGGUUUGGAGUUGGCUCGUAAACAUGUGGCAUCAUGCUUGUCUGAAUUAACUCACAUCACUAAGUCACAAGAAUUCCUCAGAGCCUUGUCAUAUGGAUUUCAUCAAGAUGAUAUUCAAAGUAGCACCACUGCCUCAGGUUGUAGGCCUAUUGGUUUUGAUGCUAGCUUAAACAACAGAUUUUCUGCUCCAACUCCACCACGGGCAACACAUAUCCUUAGUUGGAAAGAAGCUGUCAGUUAUUUUCAGAAGCUGCUGAGUGAUUUAGAUUUCGUAUGUUCCUUGAACACGGAUUUAGUGCUUGAUGAUGUUUUCUGCUUUAUUGUCCAAUUCCAGAAACCUCAACCUGAUCUGGUGGCUAGAGCUCAUCUCCAGAUUUUAUUGAUUCAAGAUGGAAAGCUUUACGGCAAAGAAUUCUUUCAUGAUAUUAUCUCAAGAGAAUUAGGGCUACCAGAACUUACAAAGGGUAAAGAACAUCAGAAAAAUGAGUUCAUUGUACAGUUAGGCCAGUUGAUUAUCAAUUUGCUUAAAAUACUUUGUGCAAACACUGCAUGGCAACGUCGCAAGCUUGGGAAAAUAUUACAGGACUGGAGUGUUCUUUCAUUACAGUUGGAGAUAGCCUUCAAAAGAGAGAUUGGAGAGACAUUAAAUGUCAUGGUUGAUGAGAACAUGAGCACGAAAGUUUCGAAGCAUCUCCUUAGAUGGACAGAGGAGAGGACCUACUGGAUUGCUUCUCGAUUUCUUACGUUGGGCUUUGAACUAGAGUUGUAUUCGCCUUAUGAUUACUGCAUGGUCUAUUGGUUUAUGUACCUGGUUUUCAUGAAACUAUUGGAGAAGAUUCAGCUGCAAUCUGCUGCCAACAAUGAAAACUCCCAAAGAAAAGGCAAGAAGAAGAAGGAUCAUGGCAAGGAUCAAAUAAGAGAUGCUUCCUUUUCUUCCUCUACCUUGUUAAUCCACUGCUAUAUUUGUCUCUCAGAAGGAUUAGCUAUGAUUCUUGCCGCAUUGCGCAAUGAAUCUAAGGCUUUCCAUAUGGUUGGUCCUUUCAAUGGUGAAGAAGAGAGAUUUAUUCAGCACUUCGACCUCCUUCUGAAGGCACAUGUUCCUGAACAUGCUACAUACUACCUUUUCAAGGAAUCAACAGGUCAUGCACGAAUAUCUAGUAUCAUCAAAGACAACUGCUUUCGGGAAGCUCAGAAAAUUAUUACAUCCCUAAGGGGAAGUUAUGCUGGUAAUUCUGACAAGCUGAUUGAGCUUCAGCAACUUGAACAAGUUGCAGAGCGUAAUCGGGUUGCUUUGAGUGUCAUAGACCAAAUUGGUGCUCGGGAUCCAUCCCUCACGGUCUCAUUUGAAUUUACGCACCAUCCACACUUUGCCAUAGCAGUGAUCAAGAGAUCAUAGUCAUUUCAUUCACCCAGUUUUUGUCGACUGCUGAUGUCAAACCAGUCAUGAAGUAGCUCGACUAAUUUCAUUCUGGCACGAGAUUUAGUGGAGGAAUGCAGAAUGCUGGUUCUAGCCAUUUCUAUGCAACCAUUUCAUCAGUUGCCAUCAUUCAAUUGAUAGUCAGUUUUGCUUAUAAUAUGUACCAUUAUUCAUACAAUUGUAUGCUUAUUAUAAGUUGCUCGACAAACUAUAUUUUGUUUAAACUUAUCAAUCAUGCUCACAUUUGCUUCCAGUAAACUGCCUUUGAUGAUUCUUGGUCACUGAUUAAAGUGUGAUAUUAUGUCUGUUUUAGUGAGAGUAAAUAUACAAUAUCUAAAACCUUUUGCUCAUGCAAGACUUGUUU